AUGAUCUCGAUCGGAGGAAUCUUGCAUUUACACGCUCCUCUCCCACUUGCCGCGUAUAGUCCAGGAACUGGUUACCCGCAGGAGGCCAAGCUGAAGAAGCAUGAAGGCGCCCUCGAAGGCCGUUUCAGACCCGCUCCGAGCACGGGUAUCGUGACCACCGUCCGCCGGUGGACAGUGGGCCUCUCUACUCCUUGGGUUCAAAUUUCUCCGCUCACCCUUGAGGGAGCGACACCGACUAUUGGACCUCGGGGCGAGAUUCAACCGAUGGAAAGCUUCCGAUGCUCAGCGCCUGAGCGCCUCCUGUUGGGGACCAAGGGCACGAUUCCAGCCCACGCAGCUGCCCGACUUAUUUCGGACGACGACGACAACAACGACGACAACGACGACGACAACGACAACGACGACGACGACAACGACGACAAUGACGAUGCCCCUCUCGCUCGGCCUAGAAGCCAACAAAUAAUGAGGAAGGAAAGUGGUGGCGAAUAG